CAGGUCCAAGUAUUGCCCCAGCAAUUAUAUAUCCCAAAAAUUUAACUUUUGGAUUAUUAGAUAUCUUUGAUAAAAUAAUCGAGGAACAUGAUAUUGAUGAUGAUUCAUUAUCCCAACCGAAUUUUCAAAAAAUUAUUUUGAAAUUAAUUUCAGCAUUUCAUCAUACUGCAUUAAAGAUGAAUGAUACGGCUUUUCUGGAACAAAUAUGGAACCAAUAUCAAAAACACGAUAAAAAUGAUACUGUUGGUUUCUUUCAUAAAGUUCAUGGUGCCAAAGAAAAUAUGGCGACUGAAAUAGUUGACAACGUACUUCACGGAGUUAGUGAUUCCGCGGAUAGAUUAGAAGAAAAUAUGCAUAGGCAUAAUUUUGGUGGAAAUUCCAACUUGCGCGGAUCUCUUGAAACUGUCAUUAAAUUGGAAGAAGAUGAUUAUAUAGGUGAUAAUAAACAUGAUCAACUUGAUUUGGAUAAUGAAGAGGAACCUCGUCGUCGAGGUCACGUUAAAGUAAUAACAAUUGUGGAUGCGGACAACAAUGAAUAUGUUCUAACGAGACCCAAUGAUUUGACUAUGUUUUAUGAAGAUGCUCGAUUGGUUCAAGAUUUAAUUUUUUUAAUAGUUGCAGCAUUUAUAUUUGGUUGGGCUUUUAAUAGUUUUGGAUUGCCAG